UCGCACGUCAGUCAGAUUUACGCAGGUGGCGUGGACAGACGUGCGGGUUGUGGAACUUUCUUUUGUGUAAAGAACAUUGACAUUAAUAUUUUGAUUAAUUUAUGUUCAAGUAAAUUAAAUUAAAAAUGUGAAUAGGACAGUGAAUAAACAAAGUAUGCAACGAAAGUGAUGGUACAGUUUGUUAAAAAUAAUAAGUGUUAUUUAAAUUAAAAAAAUCGAUUCAUGCCUUUCCACAAAGGUGUUUUUCCAGCUCCGUCGAAAAUUUCAUGUUUGUUUUAACAAAUACUUAACAUGCACACGGUUUAAUUGUAGAUUAAAUCAGAAAAAAAACAUUCGUGAACGUUUCUAUUGUCUGCACAUGUUAAAACAACGAUUUAAGUGAAGGAGCCUAUAAAAAGUGAGUGAAUCUCGGGCCAGUGGAGGCUGCGAAUGCGAUCUCUUUCGUCAUCGACACGAGCACAAAUAGAGUGGGCCGACUGCGACUCGGCUUGAGGCGGUUGGCGCGUCGUGCGGUGUGCUGAGCGAUGGUAGAGGGCCGACGCGCGCGCUCCCGGCAUGGCCGCCCUCUCCUGCUACCAGCCCUGCCGCUCGCACCUGGCGCAGCCCGCUAGGUGCUUUGACGACGAGGAGUACUCGUCGGCGACUCUGUCGCUGCGGCGGCGGCAGGAGCGAUGCGAUUCCCGGCGACGCGAGCCCCUCCCUGAGGUGUCGGUGCAGCGCACGCGCGAGCAGCUCGCCAAGCAUGCGGCGCAGACGCUGCCCGCGCGACGCCUGAACCACGACGGCUGGGCCAAAGUCGAGGAGGUGCGGAAGAAGUUCGAAGGCGCUGCCACUGCGACUUCCUACUCGCGAUCCUUCGAAUCACCACCCAGGCGUCGUUUGGCGGACUCGCUGUUCGCUUCGUUCAAGCUCCCGCGCAAGAAGGAGAUGUCAGCGCCGCGCGCGCCGCAGCCGCAGCAGAAACGCAAGUCCGCGGUCGAGCUGCUGGCCGAGACCAAGGCGUUCUACGUCAAGUCCGAGACGGUCCUGGACAGGAAGCAGGAGCUGCCGCUGAGAGUGAGCAGUGGUCUAAGCCAGGCGAUCGCUGCAGGCGGCUGUCACCUGGUCAGCUCGGGCGCUCUCAACGAUGCCUGCUGUAACCCCUACGCCCGCAUCACGGGCAGCCGGCGCGCGGUGAGCGCGGGGGAGGGGCUGCAGAACACGCUGCGCCGCCUGCUCGAGCACGCCGACAGCAGGGAGAACGUCUACCUGCCGCCGUACGUCUCGCAAAAACUGUUCUCCGAGUCCCGACGGCUGAAGGACUCGUAUCCUGAGCGGGAGCGGUCUCAGCACACGUCAGGGGCGUACUCAGGCACGUCAUCGUCGGGCACCUCGGGGGGCCCCCGCGACGAGAGAAAUCGGCACAGCUUCGGCGACGCGAGGGUCUUCUUCCCCGAGUCCUUUGUCAUCCCCCGUCAGAGGCCCGAGGUCGUUGUGAAGAGCGCGUAUUCUAUACCGAGUCCCGAGUCGAGUCCCCGCGAUGGUCUGCCGGAGCUGUCCCGCAGCGGCGACCAGCUCGACACCAUCAGCCCGCCGGCAGAAUACGCCCACUCCGCGCCCAGAUAUAUCAGAUCAAAUUCUCACUCAGCGCCGAGCGCGCGCGAGGGCGACGCCACCAACAUCAACAGCCACAAGUCGCUGCCGGACUUGCAUGCGCAGGCGCAUGGAUACCCCGAGCAUGCGAACCCGGUGGUGGGAUCCGAGUCGACGGGGCGGUCGCCGCGCCGCCGCCGGCACUCCGCGCACCAUCGCACCGCCUCAUGCUCCUCCAAAGGAACGAGAUCGAAUCAUUCGUCGUUAAUGUCGUCUUGCGACGCGUUCUCCGAGCACCCCUCACCCGGCGAAGAGAACUAUCAGUCAUAUAAUAGUCGUUGCGGGUCGUCGUUUGCGCGUGACUCGGGCGGCUCGAGCGGGCACUACACGCAGCGCAGCGCGCCGCCGCACGCACACGACGUUAGGCCGAGCCGGUACGCGUGGCCCGCUAGCGGGGGCGGAGGGGGCGGAGGGGGCGGGGCGGAGCCGGUUUACGUGUCCGCGCCGCCGCAGUUCCAAGAUGGCGCGCCGUCGCCGCCGCAGUACGCGCACGCGCACGCCGCGCCGCACCCCCCGCACACGCCGUCACGAGUCGGUAUACACUUCCAGGCGAGCGCCCCGCCCCCGCAGUUCCAGGACGAGCCGCCGGCGCCGGUGUACGACUACGGCGACUACGACUGCACCUACAAGGCGCCGCUCAAGUGCCUCAACGUCGGCAGGAAAGACUACAGCAAGACGAGAGAGUACUCCAGAUACCACGAGCCGAACACGGAGGUAGUGAACAAGCAGCCGCAGUACCAGGAGAUGCGCAUGCGACCCAACAUCGACGAGAAGAAAGACUACGUUAACGCGCCUCAGGUGUGUCAAACAGAGGAGGUGACGUCGCCGCUCGGCACGUUCAAACGCCAAAGAUGUCUGCGCUACAAGCAGAGGAGGCCCAGGCCCAUACUGCGCUCCAAGUCCGAUAUCUCCGACAGAUACCGUCGGUCGGACACGGGCUCCGCCCCGGGCGAGGCGUCGCCGGGCUCCGGGUCGUCGGGGGGCUCGGCGCUGCAACACUUCUUCGACAACCUGGGGCUGGAGGGGCGCGCGUUCGACGCCCUGUUCCGCGACCCCCCCGCCAGCCCCGUGUUCUUCUCCUCCGCAUCUACGGUGGACUCCAACCAGCUCGCCGCGACCGCCGAUUAUACGGUGCAAGGUCCCGGCGUGCAGAAGCAGAUCUACCGCAACACGGAGCCCCCCAGCGUCGUCGAGAGGAACGCCCGCAUCAUCAAGUGGCUGUGCCAGUGCCGCAAGGCGCAGAUGCAGACCCCGCAAUAGUCGCCCCUAUCCCCUUCGCAUAAGGUCUAAAAUACGUUCAAACUAAAACACACUUCCGAUGACGUCAGUCGACGUUCGAAAUUCAAGUCUUUUGACAUACCAAGGCCCAAUUUCACAAACGACUAUGAAAAUUAAUACUCGAUUCAACUGAUUUGUUUUUCAUAUGAAUGAAAGAGAAGACUUGACAAGUUUUUAACAUGCUGUUAACACUAAGAGGCGUAGGUGAAAUUGGGCCUAAAAGGCCUAAUUGUAUAGUAAUCUUGUUAAAGAUACGUAGUUCUUCGCUACAUAAUAUACAAAGAUAAAUAAUAAUUAGGAAUAAAAUUGUUCAUGAAAAUUAUAUCAAAUAUCUACGGAUAAGAACUGAGAGAUUGAUUUUCCUAUGAGGCGUGUUUUUCAACAAAUCACAUCUUUAGACUUCCAAGACAAUUUAGAUGUUUCUCUGCAUAAUGCUUCGGGUGUGGAGUGAGGAUUUCUAUUUCAUUUAGGUAAUAUCUAAUCCUUACCGAGCACCAAUUAUUCUAAAUUUAAACCUAAACUGCCAUUUUAUUGACUCUAGCGUUUAUAUGUUUUAAUCUACAUGGCAUUUAAAAACCAAAAUGUAAAAAUCUUUUAUUUAUUUCCUAAGACUAAUAUAAGGACGGUUCUAAAAUAAAUUUUACUUAGAGGACUAAGUAAUUAGAGUAUUUUUAAAUAUUUAAAUUAAAAAAGAUUUCUAAUCAACCGUAAAACGUACAAGAUUUGAGCUUAGAGUAAAGAAAUAUCGUUGAAGUUAAAGUUGUUGUUUAAAGCAAUUAAAUAAAGAUUGUAACUUUAAAAAGUAUUUUAAAAGUAAAAUUUCAAUUAAAAUAAUACUUAAUGAACAACAU